UCUCUCUACUCAUCACUUUCUUGUCUUUUUGACUUGUGCUUUUUUUCAUAUUUAUAUGUUUCUUUCUCAAUUAUUUAGGCAAUCUAUACCUUUGUUCUUCAUUUUUGUCUCUCAAUCCCUAUUCCAUUUCACCUUUUCCCUUUCUCUAAAUUUCAUCAUUAGAAGCAACUAAUUUCAUCCUCAACUUCAUCAUAAUUAAAAGCGGGCAAAUUUAAUCGCAGCAUGCAAAAGCUGUUCGCCAUUUCAGAUCUGUCUCACUGAUUUGAUUUUUCAUUUUUCAGUUUUCAGAUUUCGAGAAAUCUCUUCGCGUUUGCCUAUGAAGGAAGCUUCAAUUCCUUAAAUUCCCAAGGAAGAAGAAGUAUUAUUAGUUUCUUGUUUCUCUCUCUUGAAAUUCCGCCUCAUUAAUUGGCGUCAAUUCCGCUAAAAAUUCAAUCGAUUCUUCUGAUAAAUCGGUGAUUAAUUCACGGCAAUGGAAAUCGUCGCCGCCGGCGAGAAGCUCUAUUCUCAGAAUCUGAGAGACUUUCUGAGAAUCAAGGAAGAAGAUCAUCGGAGGAAUCUCAACCAGGGCACAUCAUCCAGUAACGGCAGCUCCUCCCGCCUGACACUAAGCGCCAUUCUCAGCGAUAAAAUCGGCCAGCCUCCGCCGCCGGCCGAGGAGGAGCCGCUGCGGCGCGUCGAGUCGAACCGGACACUGCUCGACGUCAUCCGCGAGGACCAAACCAUCAGUCUAGGCCGCGGCCGGGGAGAUAGCCGCAGGAGUUGGCGGAAUUUGAAGGACAAACUCCGCCUUCGCCGCCGCAGAGGUGCCGGCGCCAACAACCGCCAUCACCAGUCUUUCCGGUCCGACGACUCGGGCGAGUCGACUCAGCCCGAGUCCAGAGCUCCGAUUCCACUCAGAAACCCUAGGCGGUCAACGGAGACCGCGAGCGAGAGAUUCGAGCCAUCGAUUUCGCCUCCGAGGAGGCAAUCGACAGCUGAGGAGGACAACGGUUCGGCGGCGGAGCAGCCGGUGAGGAUGUCCCUGAUGGCUUUGCUGGCGGAGAAUGAUCGGCAAAUGGGGUAUGAGAGCUCUGCGUACGUGAUGGGAAGUGAGGAGGAGAGUGAUAAGGAUGCAAAAGAGGAAAUCGGCGUGGAAUUGGAAAAGUGCUGCGUUUGCAUGGUGAGGCAUAAGGGGGCAGCUUUUAUCCCCUGCGGGCAUACAUUUUGCAGGCUGUGCUCACGGGAGCUUUGGCUACAGAGAGGAAACUGCCCUCUUUGCAACAAUUUCAUUGUUGAAAUUCUUGACAUCUUUUGAUCACUUUUCUGCUGGAUUCUUGACAUCUUCUUGUUGCAAUUCUCUUUUCUUUUUAUUUUUUUUAUCAUUCAAUUUUUGGUUUUAGUGGUCAACGGAAAUUCUUUUUGCUUUUAACUGCUGGAAAUUAUUGAAUUUUGGAAAGGAAUUCUGUUUGUCUUUCAGUA